CAACUAAGUGCUGUAUGAAUUUGCAAAAUGGCAGGAAAAGAAAAAGAUGUGGUUUAUCAGAAUGUAAUUCUCGUCGAGAUGAUCCGCAAAGAGCAAAGACAGCAAAGACUCCGCACUGAGUUUAACAUCAACCCACACCGAAAGUUACACAUCCUACCAGACAAACCCAUGUGCAGGAAACCACAAGAAGUGAUUCCAGAAAACUCGGAUUUCAUUGAAGCCUUCCACAAAGCUCGCCAGGAGCCAACUAAGAAAUAUGCGAUGCCAUUGACUGAAAGUCAGGAGAUUGGAUGGGUGUCCACAGCACUGAUCCCAACAAAUCGCAGCGACAACAGGCUCAAUUUUUUUCGACACAGCUCAGACAUCACCAAGCACCAAGAGUCUAUCCUUCGCUCUUCAAAAUAA